AUGAAAGAAUCAAAUGUGUUGGAAAUACCCAAGGAGAAAAGGGUGGGGUUGAAAGUGAGAAAUUUAUCAGUAUCUAUAAAAUCCCAGCGAAAACAAGAUUUGGAAGAUGAUGGUAGACAUAAAAUACUAAAUGAUAUCAGUUUUUAUUUACCACAAGGUCAACUAAUGGCUAUAAUGGGCGGUUCAGGUAGUGGGAAAACAACAUUGCUAAAUACUUUAUCUCAGCGAACAAAUGUAAAGAAUAAGAAAUUGGAAUUUGAAGGUAAAAUUGAAUUUGAAACUAAUUUACAACAUGUGAGACAUUCUUAUUUAUUACAAACUGAUUUGUUUUUACCUGGGUUAACAUUAUUAGAGACAUUAUCAACUCAAGCUGAUUUAAGACUACCCAAUGUUUCAAAAGAGGAAAAGUUAGAGUUGAUAUAUUACAUUUUAGAAGUUUUAGAAUUAUUACAUUUAAAAGAUAAACAAGUCACAUCAUUCACUCAUCAAACAACAUUAUCUGGAGGUGAACAAAGACGAGUUUCAUUAGCUAUACAAUUAUUAGCAAAACCAUCAAUUUUAUUCCUUGAUGAACCAACUACUGGUUUAGAUGCAUCAACUUCAUUAAAAUUAGUCCAUGUGCUAAAGAAAUUAACAUCUCCACAAUAUGGUAUAACUAUAAUAGUUUCAAUUCAUCAGCCAAGGCCAGAAGUUGUGGAAUUAUUUGAUAAAAUUUGUUUACUUACGCGAGGCGGUAGAUUAGUUUAUUAUGGAAGUUUAACUAAAGCUUAUGAACAUUUCAAUGAUAUUGAUUUUUUAGAAAGAAAACCAAAAAAUCAAAAUAUUAUAGAUUAUAUAAUGGAUUUAUCAGUUAAAGAUACAACUUCAAUAGAAAAUGAACAAAUUACAAUAAUGAGAAUUAACAAGUUAGUGGAAGAAUGGAAGACUAGAAACCCUACAGAUGAAAUCAAAAUUGAUAAAAAAAAUUGUUAUAAACAAUUUAAUCAAAAUUUAAAACUAUUUGCUCGUUCAAAAGAUGAUAAAAUUUCAUUUUUAACUGAAUUGAAAAUAUUAACUAAACGUGUGUUUAUACUAAGCUAUCGAGAUUACAAAAGUUUAUCAGUAUUAUUAUUAAUGUCUAUAUUUGUUGCUUGUUCAAUCGGUUGGAUGUUUUAUAGACCAAAGCAUGAUUUAGCUGGUAUAAGAUCAUUAAUAUCAUUAUUAUAUGUAAUUAUGGAAGUUGUUGGAUUUGUUCCAAUGUAUUUUGAAACUGAAAGAUUAUGGGAAACUGAUGGUGUAUUCUUUUAUCGUGAAUAUUGUGAAAAUAUCUCAUCAAUUACGGGAUUUAUACUAUCUAGAAGAAUUGGAAAGUUCUUAAUUGAAGAUAUACCAAUCACGGUAAUUUAUUCAUUAAUUACAUAUUUCAUGUGGGGUUUAACUGAUUCAAAUUUUGGCCCAUAUUUUGUAAUCAUAUUACUUUUAGAAUUAUGUUUAAUGUCAUCUUCAUUACUUUUAUUCACAAUGUCUCCAAGUUUUGCAAUAUCUUCAUUAUUAGUUAAUUUAUUUUAUCAUUUACAAAAUUGUGCUUGUGGAUAUUUUGUAAAUGCAAGAACAAUGCCUGCUUACGUUAGAUGGGUUAAAUAUUUAGCAUACUUUUGGUAUGCUUUUGGUGCAUUACUUGCAAAUCAAUUUACAAAUUGGUAUGGUGAUUGUCCUUAUGAUAGAUCAGAUACAAGAUGUAAUGAAUUUGAAGGAAAUUAUCAAAUUAAAUUACUAGGAUUUCCUCCAAACUGGGUAGGUCCACCAAUUGGUUAUUUAAUUGCUUGGGUCAUUGGGUUUAAUAUAAUGAGUGGUGUUGCGAUCUAUUUGAAAAAUUUCGACAUUGGAAUGGCACAGACUAAAAGGAAUAAAUUUAGUAAACAUGAUGAGAAAGAAAUUGUAUUAUCUAAUAAAUAUGAAGAAGUUAAAGAUACUGAGGAUAUAAAUAUUAGUGUUGAAAAUAUUCACUUGUCAGCAAAUACUAAAACAUUAGUCAAGAAAGGAGAGGAUAAGGUAUUAUUGGAUAAUGUGUCAGCUACAUUUUUAUCAAAUAGUGUUAAUGUCAUUAUGGGUCCUUCAGGGUCAGGUAAAACUACAUUAUUAAAUUAUUUAUCAAAUAGAUUAUCAAAAUUAAGUAAGUAUUCUCACUCAGGUGCAAUUAAAAUUAAUAAUGUUCAACAAGUAACUAAUAAACAGUUGAGUAAAAUCUCAGCAUAUGUUACACAAUAUGAUAAUUCAUUAAUUGACAAUUUAACAGUUAGAGAAACUUUAUAUUAUCAAGCAAAAUUGAGAUUACCAUUAGAUGAACAUUACAAUAUCCCACAUAUAAUAAAUAAUUUAAUCAGGCAAACUGGAUUAGUAGAUUGUGCAGAUACUUUAAUUGGAUCAGAAUUUGUUAAAGGUAUAUCAGGAGGUGAAAAACGAAGAGUAUCAAUUGCAAUUCAAUUAUUAUCUAAACCAAAAAUUUUAUUUCUUGAUGAACCUACAUCUGGAUUAGAUUCUUCAACAGCAGCAACUAUACUUGAAUUACUAUCGGAUUUAUCAAGAGAAGAUUCAACAACUAUAAUAUUAACAAUUCAUCAACCAAAUGAAGAAAUGUUUAAAAGAUUUGGUAAUUUAUUAUUAUUAAGUAGAGGUGGUAAAGUCAUUUAUGAUGGUGAUUCAAAUGGAAUAAUAAACUAUUUAGAUAAAUUGGGUUAUCAAAACAAUUCUGAAAAUAUUGCAGAUUAUAUAUUAGAUUUACUUUCACAAAAAUUAGAUGAAGUUGAAUUGGAAUCACAAAGUAGGAUUACUUCAUUAAUUGAUAAUUGGAAAGAAUUUGAAAAAUUACCAUUGUCUACAUCUGAUGAAUAUAUCAACCUUCCAAAAUACUAUUAUAAACAAUUACCUUCAUACGUUACAUUCCCCACAAUUUUCAAAAGACAAUUAUUAACAGCUUAUAGAAGUAAAUAUACUGUAAUUUCACGUUGUGGACAGACUAUAUUCCUUUCAAUUAUUCAUACAUUAUUUUUUGCACCAUUACCAAAUUCACAAGAUGGUAUAUCUAAUAGAUUAGGUUUAGUUCAAGAUGUUUUGAAUUUAUAUUAUGUGGGAUUAGUUAAUAAUUUAACAUUAUAUCCAUUUGAAAAAGAUUUAUUUUAUCAAGAAUAUAAAGAUGGAAUUUAUGGAGUUUUUGAAUUUAGUUUAUCAUAUUUAAUUAAUGAAUUACCAACUGAAAUUAUACCAUGUUUCUUCUUUUCAGCAUUGAUUGUAUUUGUAUGUGGAUUACCAAGAAAUGCAACAAUGUAUUUUUCAAUGUUUGCAUCUGCUUUUGCAUGUUUAAAUUGUGGUGAAUCAUUAGGUAUAUUUAUAAAUAGUUGUUUUAAUCAUUUAGGAGUAGCUACAAAUAUUUUAUCAACUUUGAUUAUAUUGGCAAUUUUUCAAGCUGGUACAAUGUCAUUGCAUAUGCCACAUUUUUUCAAAGCUAUAAAUUAUAUAAAUCCAAUGAAAUAUGCAGUCGCAAUAUGUGCAAAUUUAGGAUUUGAAAAUCAGGUGUUUAGUUGUGAUGAAGGUGCAGAAAAUUGUUUAUUAGGAACAGGACAAGAUGUUUUAGAAUAUUAUGGAAUGAAAGCAAAUGUAAGUUUAAUGAUUGGAGGAUUAUUUAUAUGUUUAGUAGCUUAUAGAGUAGUUGCAAUUAUACUGUUAUAUAUUAGAGUUAAAUGGUUUAUAUAAAUACACGCCACUACAAAUUACAAAUUAUUACCUAAUUCGGAUGCGUAGGUUUGAUAACAAAAAAAAUAAUCUAAAUUUAAUCUAAAUUUAAUCUAAAUUUAAAAUAAGGGAUAAAUAAAAUCAACAACUGAUUACCAACGAAGAAAACAAAUUAAUAUAUCAAUUUUAGUUGGGAAUACAUCGGGCUUAUAAUUAUGACUUAUUCAUAUACUAUUAAAUGGUAUGUCUUUACAAAUAAUCAAUCUUUGUUCUUCUCGGAGUUUGAUUGCUUAUGUUAUCGCUACCACAAUUGGAUACUAACAAGUUGAAUCAGGCCAUCAAAUAAUGAAGGUAUAAACUCAAUACAAAUCACAGGUGAUUUUGAUAGCUGGUCACAAUCGUUGCCUAAAAUUACAUCACCACCAUUUAAUCAAAAAAUUUCGAUCGAUUCAAAAAAGGAUAUAAUUUUUAAAUUUAUUAUAAAUGAUGGUAAUUGGUCAACUAAUGAUUCUUUUGCGGUGGUAACUGAUGAGAAUGGAAAUGCAAAUAAUAUAAUUUAUGCUAAUGAAUUGGUUGAAGAAAAGGAUGAAAAGGAAAAUGACCGCGUGGAUUCAAAAAAUGAAGCUAUUCAUGAUCAUGAAGAAGAAGAAGAAGGUGCUUCUGUAUUAUUACCUACUUCAGAUGGUGCUUCUAAAAGAGAAGGUGUUAAACAUAUUAACUCUACUGGUGAACCAAUGGGACUCAGUGAUAGUGCAAAAGCUGAAUAUGAAGAUACAGAUCUAUUAUUACCUUCUUCUUCUGGUGUUGGAACUAUAGAAACCCACAAAGAAACUCCAAAGGAAACAGAAUUGAAGAAAGGUGUAGCUGAAGAAUCUGAGUUAGAAAAUCACGUAAUUAAAGAUGAAGAAGUUUUAUCGAAGCCAGCACCAGAAGCAAUUGCAACAGAUAAAGGAGAAGAAGCUUCUAAAAAUACAACUGGUGCAAAUGAAGAAGUUACUAAAGAGCAGAAUGCAACUAAAAAUGUUGAAGAAGUUUUGAAGUCAAAACCAGAAGAAGUUUCGAAACCAAAAGGUGCAGGUGAAGAAAUUCAUAAACCUCAGAAUGUUUCUAAAGAUCACGAAGAAGAGGUCCCUCCACCAAAAUCAAUCCCUAAAGAUGAAGUUGAAAUUCAAAAAGAAUCUAUUAAAGAAGAAUUUUAUGACGAUGCAAAACAAAGCAAAGAAACUAAACAUGAAAAUGGAGCAUCAUCAUCUUCAUCAUUUGCUGCUGUUCACUCACCACCAGUAUCUUCAGAUUAUGAAAAAAUUGAAUCAAAAUCUACAACAACUGAAGAACCUAUUCAAAUUGAAUUUCAAAAAUCAAAAGAAGUUCCUAAUAAAGCAGAUAAAAUUCAAAAACCAACAUUAUUACAACAACCUUCAGAAUCAACAAUUGAAGAAAAUAGUAAUUCAGGUACAAUUACCCCCAAAACAAAUAACAAAUCAAGUAGUUCAAAUAAUGUACCUACAACUACACUUAAAAAGGAAACUUCACAACCAUCAAGACAACAACAACCUAAAAUUCCAGGUCAAUUUCCAUUAGAUUCAAACAUUACUUCGAAAUCAGCUUCAUCGAAUAAGAAAAAUGAAGGUGGAAUUUUUUCAAAAUUCAAGAGUUUAUUUAAAUAA